AUGGCGAUUUAUGGAGAAAGUUCUUCCUGUGCUGGGAGAGCUCUUAGGAAUAUUUUUACUCUACAAGCGUCUGACCUGAUUAAAGACAGGGUGUACCUUACUGGCAUUUGCAGGAGAAGCUGUGUUGGAUCAGAACUGGUAGACUGGCUUUUGGAGCAGUGCCCUUUUGUUAAGUGCAGAUCUACAGCAGUUGGAGUGUGGCAGCUCCUCCUGGAUAUGGGCAUUAUAUUAUCAGUGGACAGACAUCUCUAUUUUCAAGACACUCAUGCUUUCUACCAGUUCUCUGCGGAUGAAUGUACCUACCUCUUCUGUGAAUUUGAGAAAGAGGAAGGAUGGAAGAAUGGAGUAAAGCUCCUACUUCAACUACUGCCAUUGUCUCCUCCCAGGAUUGACAUGUGUAAUCUGCCUGAUCAAAAAAUAGAAGAUACGACAGAAACCAGUGCUGAAAUUCUUGCUCGUCUCACUUCUGCGGUACAGAGAGAACUGGCUGCUGUCAUUGCCUUGAAAGCAAGGAAAUCAGCAAUUCAUCAAAAUGAAGAAAACAGCAGUCAAGAAAUAAAAGGACUAGAAGAGCUCAAGGAUACCUCUGAUGCUCAGGCAGGGGUUUUGUGCAAGCUUCAGGGAAGAGAUGACAUCGGACGGAUUGAGCUGGUCCAGAAGCUGGCGAGAGAAAACUGCCAGUUUUUGCAGACGGAUAGAAAACCACUGGAGAAGGCAGAACAA